AUGUCCCCUUACGCUUUAUCUGAAUCUCAUAGACAAUUGACUGAAGGUCAUUUGAAAGAAACUGAUCCUGAAGUUGAUCAAAUCAUUAAAGAUGAAAUUGAUAGACAACAACAUUCCAUCGUUUUAAUUGCUUCAGAAAAUUUCACUACAACUGCUGUUUUCGAUGCCUUGGGAACUCCAAUGUGUAACAAAUACUCUGAAGGUUACCCUGGAGCUAGAUAUUAUGGUGGUAAUGAACAUAUUGAUAGAAUGGAAAUCUUGUGUCAAGAAAGAGCUUUGAAAGCUUUUGGUUUAACUCCAGAUAAAUGGGGAGUUAAUGUCCAAACUUUGAGUGGAUCUCCAGCUAAUUUACAAGUUUAUCAAGCCAUUAUGAAACCACAUGAAAGAUUAAUGGGAUUGGAUUUACCUCAUGGUGGUCAUUUAUCUCAUGGUUAUCAAACUGAUUCAAGAAAGAUUUCUGCUGUUUCCACUUAUUUUGAAACCAUGCCUUACAGAGUUGAUUUAGAAACUGGAUUAAUCGAUUACGAUAUGUUGGAAAAAACUGCUGUCUUGUUCAGACCAAAAGUUUUAGUCGCUGGUACUUCUGCUUAUUGUAGAUUGAUUGACUACAAAAGAAUGAGAGAAAUUGCUGAUAAAGUCGGUGCUUACCUUGUUGUCGAUAUGGCCCAUAUUUCCGGUUUAAUUGCAGCUGGUGUUAUCCCAUCACCAUUUGAAUAUGCUGAUAUCGUCACCACCACUACUCAUAAAUCAUUGAGAGGUCCAAGAGGUGCCAUGAUCUUCUUUAGAAGAGGUAUCAGAUCAAUCAAUCCAAAGACUGGUCAAGAAAUCUUGUAUGAUUUAGAAAACCCAAUUAAUUUCUCAGUUUUCCCUGGUCAUCAAGGUGGUCCACAUAACCAUACCAUUGCUGCCUUGGCUACUGCUUUGAAACAAGCUAACACUCCAGAAUUCAAAGAAUAUCAAGAACAAGUUUUGAAGAAUGCUAAAGCUUUAGAAUCUGAAUUCAAAAAUAAAGGUUAUAAAUUGGUUUCUGAUGGUACUGAUUCUCAUAUGGUAUUAGUUUCUUUGAAAGAUAAACAAAUUGAUGGUGCUAGAGUUGAAACAGUUUGUGAAAAAAUCAAUAUUGCUUUGAACAAAAACUCUAUUCCUGGAGAUAAAUCAGCUUUAGUCCCAGGUGGGGUUAGAAUUGGUGCUCCAGCUAUGACUACAAGAGGAUUAGGUGAAGAAGAUUUCAAGAAAAUCGUUAGCUAUAUUGAUUUUGCUGUCAAUUAUGCUAAAGAAGUACAAUCACAAUUACCAAAAGAUGCUAAUAAAUUGAAAGAUUUCAAAAAUGCUGUUUCUGGUGAUCUGGAAAAACUUAAAGCUGUCAGAGAUGAAAUUUACCAAUGGGCUGGCUCUUUCCCAUUAGCAGUAUAA